GAUCCAGUGAGUUUGAAGACUAAACCUCAGACUUAUCCACUGUUCUCCAACUGCUCCAAACACAGACAUGAGGUGGACUCUUACAUGCAAGUAACACACAAACAAAACUCGAACUCUCUUUUAUACACUCAUAUCCAAAUAAAGGAUGGUAAUAACGUAACUUUGGAGAUAAUAUCUGGACAUCUGGAGCUGAAGAACAGUUAGAUGGGACAGUGAGAAAUGUUUUUGAGGUUGAUCUUCAGUCAACAGCCACUGUGGAAGAUUCUAAUAUUCUGCUACCUUUAUUCUGUGGUCAGCCGGCAUUCUGUAAUUGCCAGUGAAUGUGACGGUGGUCAUGACGUGUUUGCCACAGUCAAAGAGAACAGCCUGAUGGGAACAUUUAUUGCCAAUCUUGGAUUCACUGCACACCCAUCAGCCAAUCACAUGCACUUAAAGGUUUCUGGAAAAGAUGCUGGUUGGUUUUAUCUGGAGGGAAGAACUGUCAGACUGAACUCGACGUCAACUAGAAUUAUUGACCGUGAGAUACACGGCUCCGUUUUAACAGCAACUGUAAGGUGUUACAAACAUAAAACCCUACAGGCUGAACACAGGAUCAUGGUAGAGGUUCUGGACGAGAAUGACAACAAACCUGAAUUCCUGCAAAGCUCCAUACAAACUCUGCAGCUCAGCGAGUUGACAGCGGUGAACUCUGUAGCGUUUACAGUCCAGGCUACAGAUGCUGAUGGAGACACGCUCACAUACAUCAUUGAUGAAACAUCACCAGAUGCCCUGUAUUUUCGAGUGGACUUGCCCAACAGUGGCAAAGUGAUUCUCAACAAGUCAUUGGACUACGAGAUCAAAACUCAGCUCCGACUGACUAUUUCUGCAGUGGAGACUAACACAAAUGAGCACUACAACACAACAGCAACAGUAAUCAUCAAUGUGACAGAUGGGGACGACCAAUACCCACAAUUCCAGCCUUGCACUCUUCUCUCAGCCAAUCACAGCAAACGCAUAUGUGCCAACCCCCUGUACACCGCCAAUAUCACAGAGAACGAGCAGGACAUUGUCUUGGAUUUCUAUCCUGGUCCGAUUCAAGCUUUGGAUGGCGAUAAGGGUCUCAGAACACCAGUAAAGUACUCCAUCCUGUCAGGGGCAGAUAAGGGCAGAUUUGUCAUUGACAGUAGUUCUGGAGAAGUGAAGUUAACCAGACGCGUGGAGAACAGACUGCUGAUCCCGACACUGAGACUGCGUGUUAUGGCAGCUCAGACGGAUGACCCUCUGAAGUAUGCAGUAGCCACGGUUCUGGUGAGGGUUCUUGCAGGAAACAAGUUUCCGCCCCAGUUCAACCGUUCAGCGUACCGUGGCUUUAUCAGUGAGAGCACAAGUCCUGCCUCGCUUGUCAUGACGUACGGCAACAAAUUACUUAUCCUGGAGGUCACGGAUAAAGACUUCUCCGAUGGCUUCAAUCCCAGACUGCAGUAUUCUCUAAACUCUCAACACAACAGCUCUCGGCUUUUUUACAUUACACAAGAGGGACUGCUCAUUGCUAAAACCAACCGACUACACCCCAGCCACAAAUACUUCCUAGAGGUCCUAGCCACUGACCUGGAAUCAGGAGACUCUGUUAAAGCUGCAUUACAUGUGGAAGUUCUUCAGAAAGGCCAACCAGUUCCACAGGGUCCUUUGGGGGCAGGGCACCUGUAUAGCAGUGAGACAGUGGGCAGGGCAGAGGGCGUGGCAGGGGUGUGUCUGAUCCUGCUGGCCAUUGCCUUAUUUACACUGGUGCGCUGCAUUCGGAUGAGCAGAGAGAAGCGGGAUCAUGCCAUCCGGACCAAUGUGGCUGACAGUAGCGACCCUAACGUGGUGAAACACAGCCGCCCGAUGCCCUUAGUGGAGGAAACGUUCUCACAUCACAACGAGGCAUUCAGCGAGUACGACUACUCGACCUCACCUUUCUAUGGCAAACAGGGCAUCUACACCAAAAUAGAGGAACCACCACCAUCAUCAUCUGUGAACUUGCCAUCAAUUACCUUUAACAGGGAACGAAGACGCAAUUAUCUGGCACUGCGGCCCAACGGAAGGCCUGUGAAUAGGUUUAACAAUAAAACAGUGACAUUUCGUGACUACAUUGUGGUUCGGGAAUGUGAUGAAGAGGGUGAAGGAUAUAUGGAGACUACGUUCAGAACAGAGGCGGAAGUCUGUACUGAUUUAGAAGAAAUGAACAUGGAUUGUGAAUUAGAUGACAACUAUAUCACAGAAGAAUUGAAAAUACAAUCAAAAAGAACCACUUCAUAUUGCGAAGACAUAAAUGAGUCAGAAACGCUCAACACACACCUCAAAGAAGUCAACCGAGACUACGAAAUACCUAACACUGGCCAUACAGAUGUAAAAACUGACUUUGAAGCAAUAAUUCAUGCAAAUCCACUGGAAUUAAGGCACGAAAAAAAUUCUGGGAAGCACAGAUUUAAGUCUGACCUGGACAGAAUACAAACAAACUCAACUGAAAGUCAAGAAAGAGAUUGUACACAAAACUCAGCACCAGAAGAUGCUACUACACAAGCAGAAUUCUCCAUUUAUAAAGGAGAGCCAUAUAUCACGAACCCUAAAGUCUUGGUUUUAGAGGCCAACAAACCCUCCGUCAAAUAUUCAGAAAAGUUUAAAUCAGAUGGAAUCAGAAAAUCUGGUGAUCUUAAUAUAGAUCCUUCAGUUGUUGAAAGUUCUGUACAAAAGUUUCAGGAUAUAGAAUGUUUCAAUGAACAACUCGACACAGAUGAAAGUAAGGAUGGGAGAUGA